ACUCUCAUACUCGUUGACCCGUAGCUUCCUCUGUGUUGUACUCGUGUUGGUUUACUUUGUGGUGAUCCAUAAACUUCCUCUUCCCUUCACGUUUUGUUCAGUGUAGUUUAUCAAUAAAUGGUAUUUGCAUUGCAGCUCCGCACGCAGAAAACGAAAGCUCUCGGAAUCUCGAUCGGACGCAUACUACAAAUCUCCCCUUCUACUCAUGUCGAACGCUAACGGCGAAACUGAUUUUUCACAAGCUGACAAGAAUGUCGAGAUGUGGCGUAUCAAAAAGCUCAUUAAAAGUUUGGAAGCCGCUAGGGGCAACGGCACUAGCAUGAUCUCCCUCAUCAUUCCACCCAAGGAUCAGGUCACGCGUAUUGCAAAGUUGUUGGCUGAAGAGUAUGGUACUGCUUCCAAUAUCAAAAGCAGAGUGAAUCGCUUAUCGGUUCUUAGCGCUAUCACUUCAGUUCAGCAGCGCCUAAAGCUCUACAAUAAGGUUCCUAACAAUGGUCUUGUUGUGUAUUGCGGCACAAUCGUUACCGACGACGGGAAAGAGAAGAAGGUCAACAUAGAUUUCGAACCGUUCCGGCCUGUAAACACUUCGUUGUACCUAUGCGACAACAAGUUUCACACUGAGGCUUUGACUGCAUUGUUAGCAGACGAUAACAAAUUUGGCUUCAUUGUCGUGGACGGAAAUGGGGCGUUGUUCGGUACGCUCUCGGGUAAUACACGCGAAGUGUUGCACAAAUUUACUGUUGAUCUUCCUAAAAAGCACGGUCGUGGUGGUCAAUCAGCGUUGCGCUUCGCCCGACUGCGGAUGGAAAAGCGACACAAUUAUGUGCGAAAGGUUGCGGAGACCGCCACGCAGCUGUUCAUUACUAAUGACAAACCAAAUAUCGAAGGGUUAGUACUGGCCGGUAUUGCGGAUUUCAAAAGCGAGUUAGGACAAUCGGACAUGUUUGACCAGCGCUUGCAAGCCAAGCUGAUCAAAACUGUUGAUAUAUCGUACGGAGGCGAGAAUGGAUUUAAUCAGGCAAUCGAUUUAGCCUCAGAUGCUCUCUCCGGCGUGAAGUUUAUCCAAGAAAAGAAACUGAUACAACGUUACUUCGAUGAAAUAUCCCAGGACAGUGGUCGCUACUGCUUCGGUGUGGAAGACACUCUGAGAGCCCUUGAAAUGGGGGCUGUGGAUACUUUGAUAGUUUGGGAAAAUCUCAGCGUAAAUCGAUACAUUCUGAAAAUUCCUAAUUCAGACGAAACGAAAAUUCUUCAUUUGCGGCCUGAUCAGGAGCGAGAAAGAGCACAUUUUAUAGACCCUGAGUCGGGAACCGACUUAGAAGUUCUCGAUACACAGCUGUUGCUUGACUGGCUGGCUCUGAACUACCGUACCUUCGGAGCCAUAUUGGAAAUAGUGACGGAUCGGUCUCAGGAAGGUGCGCAGUUUGUUCGUGGAUUCGGUGGAAUCGGGGGUAUCCUUCGCUAUCAGAUUGAUUUCGUUAACAUCGCCGGUGGUGAUACCGAUCUCAACAUCGAUUUCAAUUUGGAUGAUUACUGACAAAUCGGGAAACCCACCCUCGGGGGCUUCAUUGUUUGCGAUCUCGGGACCGGGCUACCUUCACGGCUAAGUUUUGGGGCUCGACUGAGGCGCGGUCUUCUGCUCCAGCUGGAUUACGAAUAUUGGAAAUACUAUCAUUUCCGAACAGAGAAUAUCCCAUCCUAUCUGUGUUUGUGCUGUCAUUAUACGUCGCUUAUUUGCGGUCUUACUGCCUUCGAUCUGCUUGUAUAUUACUUAUACAAUAAAUUAUUGGCCUAAUG